AUGGCUUCCCCCAACAUGUCCAUGCGCCACUGGAACGUUUUCGACCCCGUGCCCGAGGAUUUAGUCGGCAAAUACGACUAUGUCCAUACUCGCCUGCUCGUCUUGGUAGUCGGAGAGUCCAAAGACCCGGGUCCAAUCAUAAGGAACCUCUUCAAGUUGCUCAAACCAGGCGGCUGGUUACAAUGGGACGAGUUGGACACGGUGAAUAUGUCUAUCCAAAAGGUCGACCCGGCACUCGAGACGCCAGCGUUGGAAGAGCUGAGGAAGUGGUCUUGGGCGGAUGGGAGGCUGGACUGGACGGUGAAGCUGCCUGAAUUUAUGGAGAAGGAGGGGUUCACAGAGGUGAAGGGGGAUCUAUUUGGGGAUCCGCCCGCGUUGGCGAGGGCGUUCACCGAGCAGCAUUUGCUGACGGCGGAGGAGUUCACGGAGGGGUUGAUCAAGCUGGGGAAGAGGGAAGUGGGGGAGAAGUAUUUUGGGUUGGUGCACAAGGCGCACCAAGAGGCUAUUGAGGGGGCAGCGCUGUGUGUGCCGAGGAUUGUUUGUGUGGGGAGAAAGCCGCUAUAG